AUGUCCAGUGACAAGCUAUCUCCUUGGGCCCAAUAUGUGCCUUCAGGGACUACAAAUGGGAGCUGCUCCAUGGAAAUGCCUCACGGAAACAGGAAUAGACCAAGGACCUCUCCUGCAUUUUCUGCAAUCAGAGACCCAGGAAGAAAUCUAGUGUCUGCCAAAUCAUGUAUGCUUACCAAGAAAGGGCCAGCUCAAAGACUUUCUGCUUCCAGCCUGAAGUGCAGAGGAUCAAUGGAAACUGAAAAGUUUUUGGCCAUAUCACCUGGCUACAGUAUGAAGAGAACCAAGGACCGUAUUGAAGUAACAUUGGAUGAACAGUUUUUUGGCCGUGCCAUGUCACCAGUCACACCUAGUCAAGGUUUUGUGGAAGAUUUGCAGGAGCAAAUUGCUAAACUGACUGCACUGCUAGAACAGGAAACAUCGGAACACCAGAAAACACGGAAAAGACUGACCCAUGAGGCGGAGGAGAAAGUUGUACAGCUACAAACACAAAAGGAAGAUGAAAUCAGGAUUCUCCAGGAGGAACAUGCUGCCAAGCUGUUUGCUCUUAAACAAGAAGACAAUGCUAAACUAUCGCAGGAGAAGAAAGAAGCUGAAAGCAGAUAUGAGGAGCUGCACAGAGAACUGGAUCUAGUGAAAAGCUCUUUUAAGACCUAUCAGGAGAGCCUGUCAGAGGAGGUGAAUGAAGAAUGGCUGAAGAAGGAAGCCAAGUGGAAAGAAUCAAGUGAAGAAAAAAAGUUGAUGGAACUGUCAAAGCAAAGGCAAUCACUGCUGGAUAUGUUUGAGACGCAGAAAAAAGAAAUACAGAAAAGAGCCUUGGAAGAACAAGCCAUGAUACAACAGAGCCAUGAAGCACAUAUUGAGGAAGCCUGGAAGAAAUACAGAGAAGCCACUCAAGAAACAAAGAUGAUGAAUGUAUUAAAAAUGCACCUGCAGACAGAGAUUAAUGACAAAAAUGAAGCUAUACUGGCAAUCAAAAUGGAGCUAAAGCAAGCCCAUGAAGAGAUUGGGAAACUGAAAAGUCAAAUUGACCAAAUUGAAAAAAAUUUUGACCAAAGUGUCAGCAAAGUGGAGUCAAGGUACAAGAACAGAAUCCAGACUCUGAUGAAUGAGAAUUCAGACUUAAGGAGAAAACUCAUCACUAAAAACGAGCAGCUUUACAGUGAAAGAAACCGAGAUUGUCCUGGGACCUAG